GCAAACCUCAGAAUAACUGCUUCCUGUUUACAUUUUGUGUACACUUUCAUAACGAUAAGAGCUAGCAGACAUAAGUAAUCGCCCCUGGAAAGAGGCUCAGCAUUUGUUUUUCAGCCCCGUCGGUAACCGAGCGCCUGCAGCCGAUCCUGUCUCUUAGACAGGCCGUUUCAAUGCAUUUCAGAGGAGCUUUACCGCCGCGCAGAUGGACGCCGUUGAUCUGUUUUCAAGCUGCAGAAAGGGCGACAUUGCCAGAGUGAGAUACCUGGUUGAACAGAGAGAUGUGGAAUUGAACAUUAGAGAUAAGUGGGACAGCACACCUCUGUAUUAUGCAUGUCUGUGUGGACAUGAGGAGCUGGUACAGUACCUGCUUGCCAACGGGGCAAAGUGCGAGGCGAACACUUUUGACGGAGAACGUUGUCUGUACGGAGCAUUGAGCGAUCCGAUUCGCCGCCUUCUCAAGGAGUACAAGCGCAUCACGGCGAAAGCCAUGCAGAGAGACUACUACGACCAGUUCCUACAGACACUUCUGGAGCAGGGUAACUUCAGUGAUGUUACGUUUGUGGUGCAUGGUGAGAUGUUUAAGGCCCACCGGUGUGUCCUGAGUGCCCGGUCAGAAUACUUUGCCCACAUGCUGGAGACAAAGUGGAAGGGCAAGAGCGCAAUCACCCUCAAACAUCCACUGGUCAACCCUGCUGCAUUUGGUGCAAUCAUGCAGUAUUUCUACACCGGUCGUUUGGACAUAGAUGUGAAUUACGUGGAGGACUGUAAGCGUUUGGCCAAACAGUGCAAGAUCAGUGAGCUGAUAGAGGAGUUGGAAGUGAAGUGUAAACAGGUUUAUGAGUUCGUCUCCAAUAAGCCCGGGACGUGUGUGAAGGUGUUGACUCUUGAUCCUCAUGACUUUCAGCUACAGGAUGGAAUGGCUCUCCUCGCAGACAGUGCACUGCCAGCUGAGCUCAGGGUUGGAUAUGGCCAGCUUCCAUUCGAUCUAACUGACAGCUUUCCAAGCUAUCCAGAUAUCUGCUUCCGGGUGGAGGGCUAUGACUUCCUGUGUCAUAAGGCGUUUUUCUGUGGUCGUAGUGAUUAUUUCAAGGCGUUAUUGGAGGAUCAUUUCAGCGAGGGUGAAACUCUGCAGACUCAUCCCAGUAUUCCUGUGAUCACCCUUCAUGACGUGUCUCAUGAGCUGUUUACUAGAAUCCUCUACUACAUCUAUAGUGAUAAUACUCAGCUCUCACAUGAGAACGUGUAUGAAAUUCUGUGUGUAGCUGACAUGUACCUGUUGCCGGGUCUGAAGCGUCUGUGUGGCAGAACUCUGGCCAUGCUUCUAAAUGAGGAGAACGUCCUGCACAUGUGGAAGACGGCCAAACUCUUCCGUCUCUCACGUUUGGAGGAUCAGUGCACAGAGUACAUGGCCAAGAUAAUAGAGCGGUUGGUGGAGAGAACAGAGUUUGCUGAUAUGAUCAGAGAGGAUGCUGACAAUGUGGCUGCCAGGCAGGAAACUGACUCCAUCCCCCUGGUGGACGAGAUCCGUUUCCACAUCGCCAGUAAUGUUCAGACGUACAGCGCCAUCGAGGAGGCCAACCAAAAACUCGGCGCCCUUGAGCUCCUGCUCGUCAGCAUUGGCCUGGAGUGUUAAAAGAAAGAGAUGAGAAAAUUAGUUUGGGAGAGAUGAGGAUUGCGUGAUUCGUUAUGUUUAUGAAAUACAUGCACUUAAAACAAACUAGCCAAUAUGGUCAAAUUAAAUUUUUUUUAAUCAGUGUCUUUGUCUUGUUUUAAGAUAAAAAGUAUUUAUACGUUCUUCAAACAAGAUCUAAUUACUAGAGAAGCAAAAUUGUGUAUGUUUUUAGAGAAUCUUUCUUCAAUUCUGUUAUUUUUCUUAGCCUAUUGGAAAAGUGUUGUUUCUUCAAGCAUAAACCUCACGAAACUUUUAUAUAUAUAUAUGCUUAAAAGAAGAAAAACAAAUAUAUAUAUGUAUGUAUAAUUUCCAAUGGGAUGAAAAAAACCUUCAUUCAAGAUAUAUUCUCUGGAAACAAGUCUUAAUAUCCUACGCAAUUUAAUUAUUUUAAAUUCUAUUUUGUUUUAAAGAUGUUUAGAUAUUUUUACUAGAAAACAAGACAAAAAUACUGAUUUAAGAAAAUGCUAUUUUUUAUUUUGCAGUCCAGCGCUAACAGAAAGUCUCACACAUUUACAUUCAGAGAAGUUGUAUUGCAGAGUCCGUGUGUUUCACUGUGAAACUCUUACUUUUUUCUCUUUGUUUUUAUUACUCCAGAGUGCUUAAUCCAACUUAAUUAUCACACCAGUUGUGAGUUUUGAAUUGAUUCUUUGCAUUUUCUGAUCUCAUAAAUAUGUCGGGGUAUGCAGUUGCUUCUUCCAAACACAACACGUAAACAAAUGUAGCAGAACAUUUAAUGAGUUUUAUAAAAACGUUUUGUUGUGAAGUGUUGCGAAUGCUGAGCACAAAGGAAUAGGUUCAUGGGCUGAGCUGUUACAUCUGCAAAUAACAUUUGUGACGCAGUCAAUGCUUUAUGAAAAUGCAUCUAGGAUGAGGUGAUUUAUUGUGCGAAAAGAAAGAUUUACUUAGCCUAAAUGUAUGCAUUUAUGAACAGAAAAGGUUUGGUAUUUAUAUUUACAAAUUCUGAACUUGUCUGUCCAAACCUGUCACACAAUUUCAUCUGUUGUCAUGGUAGGACAGACAAGUUAAAUGUUUGGUCAUUUUUGACCAGAGAGAAUAAAUUUGUUCUACCAGGUGACCAUUUAUUAAAAGAACAGAUUGUUAUUUAUGCCUACAUAUGUAAUUGCACUUACGGAUGUAUCUGCCAGCAUUAUUAUAAGUGUUUCUCAGUAUUGCAUCCACAUAAACUUCAAGACUUAUACUUAUGUCCAUGCAUAUUUCCCAUAGAAGUUUUCAUUCAUAUGAUUGCCCCUUAAAUCGACUGUCCCUAAUCUUGCAUUCUUGCUCCACCAAAACAUUUUGCUUGCAUUUUUCUUCCUUCCUUGCAAUGGUUUUGUUUUAUUUCAUAGCCUUUUAUUUAUUCUAUUUUAUGGUGGUCUUAAAAUGACAGAAUCUGGUUUAAAUGUACAGCAUUAUAUUCUGAUCAUAUCUUGCUCAUUAGCUGCGCUUUGUGUUUGCGCAUGUUUGCGUUAUUGAACUAUAGGUGCUAUGGAGAAUUCCCACAAAUAAAACUUGUUUAAGAACA